AUGACAUGGGAUGGUCGACACGAUUUAGGUUACAAGCACAAGUGCGAUUGCGGGCGUUCGUACAAGCAAUUGCACACGCUGAGGAGGCACAAAAAGUACGAGUGCGGGACGGUGCCGGCGUUCCGGUGCCCCUUUUGCGGAUCGAUGCACAAACAUCGGUUCGACAUGAACAAGCACAUCAAAAACGCGUAUCUGGCCAAGUCGACGUUGCGUCGCCAUUUGAAAUUGGAAUGCGGUAAGAAUCCCACGCACGAGUGCAGGAUUUGCGGGCUGUUUUUCAAGCACAAACACCGAUUGGUCAGCCACCUGAAGUCCUGGCACUUGCCGGAAGACUCGAAGAACGCCUUGCCGUUCGAGUGA